GUCGCCGAGCCAUCCGCCGCGCCAAGUCCUCCCCGCCGCGUCCGAGCUCGCCGCCAGCUUCGCCGAAGCGUGAGGAGCUCGUUUUGCUGCUCGCCGAAGUCUCUCCGCCGUCGGAACCAAGCUCUCACCGAUCGCCGGUAAUCUCCGCCGCCCUCCUCCGUCGCUAGCAUCGCCCGAUGGUCCCCGCGGUCAGCUAACCCCCCCUCCGGCACCUUAUGUCUCCCAGGAAGCUUCCGCGCCCGUCGAUUUCGCCUCUCCGCCGUCGCAGCCGGAUCUCCGUCGACUUCCGAGCGCCGCCGCCCGCCAUUGUCGUCGCCCGUCGCCGUCAAGACCUCCCCGGCCGUCGACAAGCCCCCGGAGGAGAGCAGAGUGCCAGCAUUCAAGACCAAGUUUUCGAAGAUUUUGAGCAGCCAACUUACGAAGGCAAGUGUCCUUGAUCACCUUGAUUUAACCAUAGAUCAUUAUAGUUUACUUUUCCUUAGUUGCAUGCUUGUCUAAUUUUGAAUCCCAUGAAUAGGGUUUACUAGAAUUUGUAUGGCCAUUCCUUGUAGCCUUUUUGGGGUUUUGGGUCUUGUAAAAGGGUAGUCAUGCUAGUGCAGUCAUGGAUUAGAAUCAUUAUGAACUUUGAUUAAUAACUAUGGAACAAGUACUUGGGAGAAUUGAUAAUCUUGUAGUAACUUGAAUUUAGGGAUCCCAACUGGAUGGCUAGUAUGUGGUGGAGCUAUACAGCAGGGUUUGUGUAUGUUCUUGUGUGGGAUCCUAAGGACCGGUUCUUGGAGCCUGUAACCUGGCAAAACAGCACAACCAUGAGGCCUAUAUGGGUACGGCCUGGCUAAGUAACUAGUGUUCUUCGCAUUCUGUACGCACCAAUGGUUGGUUCGGUGGCACAAGAGGGGGUCUCUGCAGUGGAUGGGAUCCCUGUUAGCGGUGAAACCUUAGUGGGUGCUUAUAGAUGUGGAGAUACUUUGUAACAGCCUUGUAGUGAAACCCCGGCCAUACACCCCGGAAGUGUAAGGCAAAAAGGGAAUCACGACUCGUGGGUAAAGUGUGCAAACUCUGCAGAGUAAAUAACUGAUCGAUCAGCCGUGCUCACGGUCAAGAGCGGCUUGGACUUCUUCAGGAUUAGAUGAGAACUUUAAGGGUUGGUUUGGGUAGUCGGGAGGUGGUACUCCCGAUGAGUCGGUAGCCGGAUAUGGGAUAUCUGGUGAGUCUGGUAGUCGGAUGGAAUCCGAUGAGUUAUGUCCUUAUAUUGUUGGAAUAAAAUCUAGUAAAUAGGAUUGCUAGGUUGUCUGAGUCUGUUUUAGCUGAGCAUAGUCGCAGUAAAUCCCCAAGUUGAACUUUCCUUGUCAAUAGCCUGCAUGUCAUAUUUUUCCUCCACUUGCUGAGUACUUUAUGUACUCACGCUUGCCUUUUUCCCUACCCUCGGAUGCUGCUCAGAAGGUGAAGUCUUCGAGGAAGUCCCGGGCGAGGACGCUGAUUUCUAGAAGGAAGAAGGCGUUGAUUGAAGACCAUGUCCUAGGCUGGUGUUUCCCCCGGACAACGCCUGUGGAUGGAUGGGUGUUCCGCUGCCAAUUGAAGAUUUAUUAGUAUUUUCUUUCAGACCUACGGGUCCUUUUGUAAGGAUUGUUUACGUUAUUUGAGACACAGUUUAUGUUAUCACUAAUGACGUCGCUGCAUGUAUGUAAACUUGAUCCUGGCAUACAUGUGGAAUACAUCUGGUUGUUUCCUUUAAAACCGGGUGUGACAGAAGUGGUAUCAGAGCCGUGUUGACCGUAGGACGCAAGCCUAGUUAGAAAUGGUCGAUAUUAAGGACUGAGCUUUGCAAAAAAAAAAGGGGGGUUUUAAAAAUUCUUUUACUCCACCAGUGUUAUUGUCCUCCCUUCCUUGGCCCUUGUUUAUAAAUCUUUAAAAUGUUUACUGAUUUUCACUUCUUCAAAAUUUUAGAUGGCCCGCACGAGACUGACAGCCCGCAAGCAAGUGGGAGGCUUCACCCCUGCAAGAGCUACCUCAGACGUCACAUGGGCACAUCAGGCACCUGCAGAGUUCCACACCACCGGACUGCAUGCGGGAGAGUUACCCCGCAAACUCUGGUCGAUCCUCAAAGGCUUGGGGUAUCAGGAGGCCCCGGUCUACAAGGGGGUCAGGACGCCACUGAGCAACAAUGGAUAUUCUUGGAUGGUGGAGGUGGCUAUCUACGAGAAGAUUCCGGAUGGCGACGGAUGCAAGGUACGGAGGAUCCAUGCAGCCAUCGCUCCGAGGGAGAGUUUUGCUGCCGGGAUUGGCGAUGCCGCUCGCCAGGCCCUGGCAGUGCUUUGUGCAGAGUACCAUGGCAUUCUUCAGACCACCCCCUACCACUACUACCCUCAGCGAGCCAGUGGUAGCCUGGAAGUCACCUUCGCCCCCUCCAGCAGAGAAGGUGAUGCAAGGUUGGUGGAGCAGGUUCGCUUCACGGAUAUCCUGACACUGGAGCUGGACGGAGCCCUCGACGAGUUACACGAUACACACCUGAGGCUCGCCGAAGCUGAAGCAAGAGUUCGAGAUCUGCAAGCAAAGAUGUCAGAGGAUUCGGAGGAGGAGCCAGAGGAGAGGCCUGACCCAGAGCUGCCACACUCUCCUUCCCGCAAGAGGCUCCGCCUGGAAGCUGCUAUACGGAUUUCACCUCAAGAUUUGUCAGAGGGUGGCGACAGUUCCUAGGCAGUAGUUUCCCUAAUAAUAGUCAGGAUCGUUAGAGUCGUUGUUUAGUGUGAUGUUUGCUUGGUGCUUUGCUUUGAGUUAGUUGUUAAGGUUGCUUAGUUAGUGUCGGUGUGGUGUCUUUCGCUAUUGUUUCCCCUAUCAAUCAAUCAAUCAAUAAAUCAGUUUUGAGUUUGCCUUUAUAUUUCAUCUGCUUUU